UUAAAGUACUGCAUAUAAACAAGAUGUCUAUGAAGUGGCUCUCACUUCUGCUGCUACAACUGACUUGCUCCUUUAGCUCUGGAAGUUGUGGAAAGGUGCUGGUGUGGCCAAUGGAAUAUAGUCAUUGGAUGAAUAUGAAGACAAUUCUGGAUGAACUUGUCACAAGGGGUCAUGAGGUGACUGUUUUGAUACCUUCAGCUACCACUUUCAUUGAUUCCAAAAAACCAUCUUCUCUCAAAUUGGAGAUUUUCCCUGUAUCUUUAAUUAAAGAAGAAAAUGAGGAUUUUCUUAAAUAUUUUGUUGGGAAAUGGACACGUGCAGUGAGAGAUUCCUUUUGGAAUCAUCUUUCAACAGUGAAAAGUUUAUUCUGGGAAUAUUCUGAUAUUUUAAUGGAGAUCUGUAGAGAAGUUGUUUCAAAUAAGAAACUUAUGACAAAACUGCAUGAAGAAAGGUUUGAUGUCAUUUUUGCAGAUGCUGUUGGACCCUGUGGUGAGCUGCUGGCUGAGAUACUUAAAAUACCAUUCAUGUACAGUCUCUACUCCUCACCUGGAUCUUCAGUUGAAAAGAAGAGUGGAAGGCUUCCAUUCCCACCAUCCUAUGUACCUGUUAUGUUUUCAGAAUUAAGUGAUCACAUGACAUUCAUGGAGAGGGUCAAAAAUAUGAUAUAUGUACUCUAUUUUGACUUCUGGUUCCAGGCAUUCAAUGAGAAGAAGUGGAAUCGGUUUUACAGUGAAGUACUAGGAAGGCCCACUACAUUAGUUGAGACAAUGGGGAAAGCUGAAAUGUGGCUCAUUCGAAACUAUUGGGAUUUUUCAUUUCCUCGCCCACGGCUACCAAAUGUUGAAUUUGUUGGAGGCCUCCACUGCAAACCUGCCAAACCCCUGCCUAAGGAAAUGGAAGAGUAUGUGCAGACCUCUGGAGAAAAUGGUAUUGUGGUGUUUUCCUUGGGGUCAAUGGUCAGUAACAUGUCAGAAGAAAGAGCUAAUGUGAUUGCAUCAGCUCUUGCCCAGAUACCACAAAAGAGCAAGUAGAAGUUAGUGAAGUCGCUCAAUCGUGUCCGGCUCUUUGCGACCCCAUGGACUGUAGCCUACCAGGCUCCUUCAUCCACGGAAUUUUCCAGUCAAGAGUACUGGAGUGGAUUGCCAUUUCCUUCUCCAGGGGAUCUUCCCAACCCAGGGAUAGAACCUGGGUCUCCCGCAUUGCAGGCAGAUGCUUUACCAUCUAAGUCACCAUCUAAGCCCAGGGAAGUAGAAGUUAAACACUAGCAAAUUAUAAUCCAGUUUAUAAGAAUUGCUUGGAAUUCCAAAAUUGUUCCUUAUUUUGACACUGGACCUGGUGGUGGUGGUUUAGUUGCUAAGUUGUGUCCAACUCUUGGAACCCCAAGGACAAAGGAGCCUGGCAGGCUACUGUUCAUGAGAUUCUCCAGGCAAGAAUACUAGAGUGGGUUUUCGUUUCCUUUUCCAAGGGAUCUUCCCAACCCACGAAUCAAACCUGGGUCUUCUGCAUUGUAGGCAGAUUCUUUACCAACUGAGCUACAGGGAAAGCCCAGGAGACCUAGAGACUGAACCUAGAGACCACAUUAAUCAAUGAAGUCAAUGCUUUGUGCUUCAAUGUUGAAGUUUCCAGGAUCUGUUGAAUAAGAUUUAAUGUCACAGUUUUAGAACUUUUUCAACAGUCUUUUGUCACAAAUUACCAACUGGCUCUUCUUUUCCAAAGGUAAAGCAUUCUAAACCUAGUAAUAGUGGUAAUACCUUGGAUUCAUGUUGAAAAUUUACAGUUGUCAUUGUUUUUGGAAGAAGUGCUAAAAAAUUGUAAUCUAAAUGAAGUACACUUUCUAGGCAACAGUAAUUAGCUUAUUAAUAAUUUAUAAAUAAGCAAAAAUAUUUAUUUCUCUUAAGUGGCCAAUGCACGCAUUUUCCUCUUUAUAAUCAAAAUAUAUGAAAUUCUAAUAAAAUAACUUGUUAUAUAUAAAGUUGAUAAAAUCUCUUCCAUAACAGCCAAAAAGAAAUAAAUGAGUGAAUAUUUGAAAAUGAGAGCUAGUAUAUAAAGAAAGCAAAUAAGUGUGUAGGUUAUUUGAAAUCAGCCACUAUCUAUCCCAUGGACAGAGGAGCCUAGCAGGCUACGGUCCAUUGGGGUCACAAAGAGUUGGACAUGACUUAGUGACUGAAACAAACAAACAACUAUCUUUUUAUACUAAAAACAAGACCACCUAGUAACUUUUUAAGUAUCUGAAUUGGUCAUUGAAAAUCUCAUUUGUCUUUGCCAUCAUGUGUAUAUCAAAUGUACAUAUUCCUGUUUAUGUUAGUGUAUUAAUAGUUAUCAUUACUUAAUAUGUCCUCAUUUUCUUACAUGUCACAUUGAAGACAUGUAAUUAUGUGUUAUGAUUGCUUUAGAAUUCUAAUGCUGUAACUUUGAAAUUCAACUCAUAGAAUAAGGUAUUACCUUUACCU